AAGCAAAAAACUUCAGCGUCCCGGUCUACCGUUAGGGAGGCCUUCUGUCAAGCCGGCGUCGGCGCGGUGUGACGUGUUCAGUCGCGUCUCGAUCUCUGUAGAAGGAGAAGGGAUCGCUCGUAGCGUGAAACGUCACGAGCUACAGAUCCCCUGCGAUUUUCUUUUUUCCCGUACAUGCGUUCCUUUCUCCUUCGUACACAGCCCUUAAACAAUACACGUACACGUCGUUCGAUUCAUUUUUUUUCUCUCUCUUUGAUAUUUUAAGAAAAGAAAAAAAAAAGUUCCGCGAUUAUAUCCUAUUGUGCCGUUGUCCAGUCGAUAGUAUUUUCGAAGGACGACUACUACGUAAGACUUUUCGAGUUUUAUCAAAGUAGCGAAAAGAUAAGCGAGUGUAAAAAAGAGAGAGAGAUAGACAAUUAAUACUCCGUUACGAAGCGUUCGAGAAAUAGUGUCGUCAGUGUGCGUGCGUUCGAAAGACAUUCGACGAAGGAAAAAGAGGGGUAGAGGAGGGAGAGGAAAAGAGAGUACGAACACGGCUUCAGAUCCAUCAAAUGCAGCCACCUCGAAAGCUAGAGCGACAACGCCGAAACGCGUCCCCGUUGACGACGUUCACGCAACCGAGUUUAUCGUCGUUGACAAGUUGCUGUCGUCCGAGACCGAUGAGAAGUUUGAUACGCGUUCAACGAAACUUGGGGUGAUUUCGGAGGCACGUUAAAAUUAUUGUGGAUCGAUCGAACAGAAAAGAAAAGAAAAAGGGAUCGCGAACAAGUGCGUCCUCUUUUUUCUUUACUUUAACGCCGAAGAGGAUUAAAAGUGACACUGGGAGAUUCUCUUGAAGAGGAAGGCGUGUUUUGUAUAUUAUUGCUCGCAUUCCACUGUGUACUCGUCUUCACACGUGCGUUACUAUACGCGUGACACCAUAUCCCUCAAAUCUUCGUUCUCCGUGAAACGUGCGCGUAACAAUCGUCUUGCCGUUGUUUUUACGUGUCGUUCGUCAUAGUACGACGCAAGUUCGUCGUUUCCUUUGUCAUUCUUUGCGUUACCAUUACCUUUCGGGUUUCUUUUUCUAUUUUUUUUUUUUUUGUACUAUACGAAGUACAAGAAAAAGAGAGGACGUCUCGUGAAGGAGAAACAUUUUCGAAGGAGGCGGCACGUUGGAGGAGGAAGCGAUGCUACCACCCGCUGCGCUACAUCUGGAGGAGAGAAUGAACGGCGAUAGGGCAGCGAGAGAGCGAUUUCCAUCGUCGAGCAGCACCGAUGACGAUCAAAGCGGGUCGGAUGCUGAGCACGAUUCAUCAACGAUACGCGGGAAGGUCCAUUCUGGGAUUCUUCAUCACUCCACCGCGCAUUCCGUCAGGAAACGUCGUGGUAAUCUACCGAAGCAUUCGGUGAAGAUUCUCAAACGAUGGCUGUAUGAGCAUAGAUACAACGCUUAUCCAAGCGACAGCGAGAAAUUAACUCUCAGUCAGGAGGCGAAUCUCACCGUAUUACAGGUGUGUAAUUGGUUCAUCAACGCAAGGCGAAGAAUUUUACCAGAGAUGAUCCGCAGAGAAGGACACGAUCCUCUUCAAUACACUAUAUCACGUCGUGGUAAAAAGAUGCCAGGUGGAAGUCAUCAACAACCAUCGAUUAAUCAAAGGAGCAAUCAGAAUUGGGAUCCUUUGGCCGAAUGCAGUGCACCGAAACGUAGAAGAGAUCACGAUUAUGAAGAAGCAACUGGCCUGAUGUAUCGAAGUGAGGAGGAUAGUCCGAACGACUAUGAAAGCAGUUCGCAUAGCGAGGAAGAACGUCCUGCUACCCAGUGGCCAAGCGUAAUUGUUUAUCCGUAUUCGGAAACCAAAGUAGAAAAAAAUGAUCAACCUAACUACGGAGACGCGAUAGCCCAUCCAGCUCGACGAGGGGACGAGGAAGAUUCGUCGAUAGUAAGCGAAGCUGCAUACUGGAGUGCACCAAGGCAACACUUGACGACAACUCCAGACGUGCAACACGAGACAGAAGUUUAUAGUAGUACGCACAACGCUCACAAUCCUCGCAGCGAUGAAACACCACCACCGACGCCCCCGGAAGAGGACAAGGACAAGUUCAAGUGUCUCUACCUGCUCGUCGAGGCGGCUGUUGCGGUACGGCAACAGGAAGAGAAGGAACGCGAGAGUGCAGUCUCUGUUUAACAGUUUAACUGAUCGCGAAAGAACAGAGCCACGAUGAAGUUCCUGGUGCUUCUUCGAUUACGCUUUCCUUGUAUUUUUCUCACAAGUGAACAAGAGAUAAACAAAAAAACAACGUGUUUCACAUAGAGAUAAAGAUAAAGCGAUAAAAAUAGGUGGCCAUAAUGAUAAUAUACUUUUCGUUCGAAAGACAUUUUGUUUUUGAGAUACGCUUGUCGAUGAAGCAACCAACGACGAUUAAUUCAUUAGAAUUGAUUAACUCCAUUCAUUAUUUGCUCCAACGACAUGCGAAUCAACCAUCCGACAAAACGGAGCUUUAAUCGUUCCGUUCAUCAUUAUUAACGCGACUUUUUGAUUUAAGGAAACUAUUUUUCGUUUCAUAUUGACGAUCCAACGCAUUACUGUACUUUGAGAUAUUCUGCGCAAAAGUGUUACGCAUUCUCGUGCGUUCUUUUUGCGUCUUUGACGAAAGGAGGUUGGAUAACGUUCGAUCUCUUUUUCUUUUUUUUUUCUUCUUUUUUUUUCUUUUUUCUCAUUUUUUUUCUUUUUUUUUCUCCUAUUUUUUUUCUUUUUUUUCUUCUCCCUGCCCUUUUGUUCUUUCUUUCUUUCUUUUUUUUUUUUUCAUAUCUUUUUCAAAUAUUAAGUCGCGCUUUAAAGGUCCAUUGCUACGAAUUGCACCGGGAAGUGGCGAAAUAUCUAAUGUCUCUUACAUCAUAAACGGUAAUCCUCCUUCAUAGCAGCGACUAUUGUAGAUAUAAUUGAUAAUAAGAAACGAUAGUAGGGAGUUUAAAAUAUUUAGAAAUAUAUCGUACGUCGAUUAGAAGGAACGAGUGGACUUGAUUGAGAAAAAGUCGCCCUUAGAAUUGUAAGGUUUCUGCGUUAAUUUCGCACAUAUGAUUAUUUGUUCUUAUUAAAGGAGAGAAAAGAUUACGCAUUGAUUCGAAAUUAUAUUCAUACAUUUUUUGUCGGAUAGAAAUAUAUGUAUGAAGUACAGUUCAUAUAUAAUAUUACGAUUAUAUGUAUAUAUAUACAUAUAUACAUACAUAUAUAUAUAUAUGAUAGAAAACAACGCGAAGAUGUUAACGGAGUAGACAAUACCGGCUCGUGUAACUUUCGCGUUAAACGACAACCAGCUAGCUGCCAAUAUAUGGACAAAUUAUCUAUUCAUUAAAGUUACGUAUUACAUUGUGUAAGAACGUCCGAGAACGCAGAAAAAGAACGACGUUUCGCCAUUUUCCAGAUCGUAUCGGUGUGUCCUGGUUGUGCAUUUAUCCUUUUUUGCACGAGUAUCGGUUAAUUAGUUUAUACGAGCAGGAAAGUGUUAACGAACGAUUUGACUACGUAGAGUUAUAUAGAUUUACGUCCAAAUCUGAAAGUUCAAGAUAUAUUGUUCUUAUCUUUAUUUUCUUCUUUUCUUUUCUCUUUUUUUUUUCUUUUCUUUUUUUCUUUUCUUAUCUUUUUGUAGAAAUUACUCGAGUUAUAUUGCGUUUAAAAACUGAUUCACAUGGCGAGCGAAUGGAACGAUUUAUUACGAUAUUCUUUCAGUAAAAUAUCCCAUUUGUUGCACGAGCAACAAAUUUUAGUCAACCUGUUACGACUAUCGUUUCUCUAUGAUUACGGGAAUUGUAAAAUGAAGUUAAGUGAAGUUAAAAGAAAAUAUAGAGAAGUGAAAGAAAUGGAUUUUACAGAAUUAAAAUAUACGACAGGUAUAUUUUAUAUGGUGCCAAAAACUACAAAAGAGAGAGCGAGAGAGAGAGAGAGAGAGAGAGAGAGAGAGAGAGAGAGAGAGAGAGAGAUAAGCGCGAAGGAUAAUGACGAUAGAGGAAAAUUUGUGCGCACUUUCCGACGCUUUGUACUAAGUAAAACGAAAUUCUGCGAAAAACAAAAAGGAGAAAUAAAUAAUUAAAUAAAUAAAUAAAUAAGUAAAUAAAAAGACACACGCGAAACACAUCACAAAUGUGCCUUCUUCAGUGACUGUUUAAAAAAGCGACGUAUCGAAUUAAACUUAAAAAUGCAUGUUAGACUUCGGGAAAACAACGAUCUCAUUCGACUUUUAAAAGAAUUUAAUAGUCGCCAAUUAACUCACGUCUCCUUUAUACAUACAUACAUGCCGGUUAUUAUUUAACAGACAAGCUAAAAUAAUAAGAGAACGAAAAAUAGUUAACAUAAAUAAACUUGAUUCAUCGUCCUGAGCUUUAUUCAACUUUUAAAGCCAGCGUUCCUCGCAAUUUUAUACAUACAUAUAUAUAUAUACAUACAUAUAUAUAUAUAUACACAUACACACACAUACAUACACAAGCCUACGUUAUACAGAAAAUACACAUACAGUUAUAUACACGUUUAUAUAUUUACACGUAAAAGCGUAACAUACGAGAUAGACCGACAAAGUUAACUCGUUAUUAGAAUAAUCGAAGCAAAAUAAAAGAAAAAAAUGAAAAUGACCGCACUCUCGAGUUUGACAAAAGUUGUUUAAAGUGUCGAGGCAAAUACUUUGAAUUACAAUUAAAUGUAACAACGAAAUUGUAAACUCGCAAUUUCAACCGGCUCGAUUCUCGUCUUCUUUAACUUAUCUUGACUGUUGUUUAAUAAUCAUACGAUUUCUAAAACUCAUCGAUCACAGUCUAACGUUAGAUUUUUCAUUAAAAAUCUCUUGUUCACAUUAUGUUUUACGUUCUUACAGAUUCUAAGAACAUCUUUCAGUUUAUCUUCUUUUGUGUAACUUCAGUUAUUAAUCUUGAUACAAGUUUUAUUUCUUUUAGUUGUAUCACAGAUAAGAAUGUUCCCAUUGUCAAAAGAGUUGUCUCAUUUUUGUGUUCCUAUAAAACAUCCAACACAGCAAUAUUAGAAUUUAAGUGAAAUUCUCGAAGGAGAAUCGGGCAAAAAAAAUCGUAUUUAAAUAGAUUGAAAAGCCUCAGAUAUAUCGUAUCUUAUUGUUAGAUUCUUAUUUUCGUAUUUAAGUAAUCGACUCGAUUAUACGUAUACAACACGAACACACAUUAUACAUAUAUAAUAUAAAUACAUACAAAACGCAACAUAAUGUUAAACGGCCUUUUUGCUCCUAAAUUUCGAUUGACGGAGCAUAUCUUGUUAAGAAAAUUUUGUAUCAUGAUAUACGGAACGCUAUUCUCACGAGUUUUACUCGCGUCUCUAUUGGACGAUAGCUGACUAGUAACAAUUUAGUAAUCUGACGAAUAACAAUCUCUUUUGUAACCAAUAAUAAAAAAAAAAAAAGUGUACUCAAUAGAAGUAUAUCAAAUUCUAAAAUAAUAUAGUUUAAAUAUGGUCUGGCCUGUAUCUUUGUGUGGAAAUAUUAGAAGAAUAUAUAAAAAAAGAUUGAAAAAAAAAAAGCGAAAUUCUUCUAUUUCGGCAUUCAUGGAAAUUUUCUUUAAAAAUAUAACCGUACAAAUAUAAUUAAACAAUAAUAAGCUCCGAAAAAGCGCGACUGCAAGCAAACUAUUAUUAUUAAUUACUCUAAGAAAAUUUUUCGCGUAAGAAAAAAAAAAAGAUACUUAAUUUGAAACGCACGAUAUAUCCUAUGUUUUCACGGCUCGCGAGAUUCGUUUUUGAAAUAUUAUCGAAUCGUACGUUUUUCACACCAAUCUUUUUUCAUAGUACAAUUUAUUGUUUUCCUUUUUUAUAUUCGAAAAUGUUUCAAACAAACAUUUACAGAUACACAUGAACACAUACAUUCUAGAUAGAGUAUGCAGCGCGGAAAAGAUUGGUACAAACACCAAAGACUUACUUAAUUAUUAAUAUUUAAUGAUAACAAAAAUUGUCGAUAUAAACGUCGGUGCGUUUUUGAUAAAACGCAAAUAAAGAAAGGAGAAAAAGUAGAGGAAUAAUAAAAAGAAGGAGGAGAAAUCUAAUUACACGAUAUCAAUGUCCAAGCAUGAAAAGUAAAUUUGUUUAGAUUGCAUUAUACAAUGAGUACGAAUCUGUCUGAAAGAAGCAUAUCCCUGCGCGUAAAAAAUGCUUGGACAUCGUGACAAGAUGAUUUUUAUAAACGAUUAGGAGCGGGAGAACAAAAAGUAGCGUUCGAAGAUGAAGAAGAAUUGUUGAAUGUACAAAUCGCAAGUUAAAUUUAUUUUAUAAUCGCGUGUAUCCUUUCGCAAUCCUUAGAAUUAGUAUAAAAAUAGCCUGUAAAUAUAAUUAAAAUUAGUUUCGUAGUAGAUGAUAUAAAAAAGGAGAAAGAGAGAGAGAGAGAGAGAGAGAGAGCGAGAGAGAGAAAGAAAGAGAGAGAGAGAGAGAGAGAGUAGAAAGGCACACACAUAUAUACGUAUAUUAAGAUCGAAAGGCUGUAGUCGUCAGAUUGUUACGAGAUUGUAUCGAUGAUUUUUCUUUAAAAAUUCCUCUUUUCCCUAUAUUCUUAUAAUCCUGUCUGAUUGACAGGAAAGUUAAUAAGUAGGAAAACUGAAAGGAAAAGCAUCGAUACAAAAGUACACUAAGCGAUAUACUAAGCGAAUAGUUUAUAAACUAUCGGUCGAUGCCAUUCAACCCUUUAUGACCGAGAAUUUUUGCUUUUUUUUUUUUCAUCGUCAUUUCGUCUAAACCUUAGCUACGCGCCAAGGUAAAUCUUGGCCCCACUAAUCUACGCGUUUUCGUACUCAGAUCAAAGAGAAAAAUAGAGAGAGAAGAAUAGACGAAGAGGUAUAUAUAUAUAUAUAUAUAUAUAUAUAUAUAUAUAUAUAUAUAUAUAGAUAUAUAUUCUUAUUACUAUAUACAAAUACUGUGAUCACAUUGAAUUAAUAACGAGAUUAUAAAAAGUUGUUGCUGAUGGGACUUUCGCACCCCUUGAGAGCGUAGUUUUAUAAAGGGUUGAAGGCUUGACGAGAGAAGAAUCCCCUGUUGUAAAUACCCUUUAUCCCUCUUGCUUUUGCGAUUACCAAGAUGAUCAAGCAAGCGUCUACGCGAGCGCCAUUAUUGGUAACUUGUAUGAUCUUCAAUUACUUUUGCUGGCAUUAUAAUAUCUAAGCAUUACAGAUAAGAGGAAGUCCAAUUUUUUGUACAAAGUGACACUUCAAUUACGAACCUUGGAUCUUUUCGAAAUGAACAGGUCGCGUUCGAGGACAAAAGAAUCGUAGUACUUAAAGGUUCAAGGGCGAUUAUCCAAAGCAGGAUAAAACUAAUUACUCGCGAUAUUUUUUAGGUAAUUCGCGACGUUUAAUAUUUCUCGGAUUUGUCCUAUAAUAUUCUUUUUUUUUUAAACAGCUCUGAGAACGCAUCGCAGCGUGUGCAUCCCGAUGAGUUUCGAGCUUUCAUAUUGUACGAAAAGAGUGCGAUAUUUUUCGUAUUGCAAAGAGAAGAAGUUAAAAAGGAGAAAAGACAAGAGAGAGAA